GUUUUGUUCCGUGCGGGUCUGUGCAUUGCGCGCGGCCGCUGCUCGCGCAGUGUCAGAUGUCACAUCACGGAUGACAUCUUCGUCGAGAUCGUCGUCUUCGCGCUGCUGCUGCAUACCGUAUCCGGUUCGUCGCGAAACAAUCGCCGCAAACAAACAAACGCGCAAACAAAACACGCUCGACACACAACACGACCGGAUUGUUCAAUUAUUCCACGUUCAGUGCGGCAUAAAUACACGAAAUGAAGAUGUGUCUGCCACAGCGGCUUGAAUGGUGAUUGUGUUCGAUGCGUGCGGUGUGAAAAUGAUCGAUUCCGAUCCAGCCGCGAGUCUGCGAUCGGCGUCGUCGUGAACCGGAAGACCGGAAGGCCGGAAACGAUGACGAGCACACCGAAGACUGCCGGCAAGCAUGUACCACAAGAAUGCGAGAGUGCGUCGCCGUCCCCGCUGGCGGGCGGGCAUAAAGCCUCGUUCAAGAACACCAAGAGCACGAAGCUCGCAAGGCGUGCGAGGUCGUUCAAAGACGAAUUCCUCGAGAAGAUCUCGGCGAUGCGGAGUCCGGGCGGGAUUGGCGUACGCAGUGCUUCGCCAAAAGGACGACCAAUCAAACAUCAUGAGCAGGAUGUGGAUCAUGCGCAUGCGCAGGCGCAGAUUGUCUUGCGGGCGGAUAAAGGACCUGCGCAUGAGUUCGAUGCAUUAGCCAAACAGAUUCAAGUCACUUUGAAGCACUUCCUCGAUGUGAUUUCCAAGAAUAAACUCGAGAUGUUACCCGGUAAUGGUACAAUCGUCCUGGAUACAGUCUGGCAUAUAAAUUUAUUGGUCAAGUCUUCAAUGGGAGAUGAUUAUAGUCCGAGUGUACGCUCAGCAACGCACCGAAUGUAUCAAAGUGUAGCGCGUUUGAUAAAACUCUGCGACGAUGCCCUCUUGGACACAUCAUGUUUAGAAGAGAAAACCGUCGCUGAAGUUGUCCAGGUCGUAGAGGACUCUGUAAAAGAUUUAAUACGUUUGUGUCAGGAGCGUAUCGCGCAUACGCAUGCGCAUGUCACGCACAAUGCGCAUAAAUCCACCGCGCGUAAUAGUUACGCCAAUAUCAGCACCGAUAUGAAUUCACAGCGGAAUUCUUUACCGGACAUUCCGUUAACACCGCGCGAACGCGAGAUAUUGGAACAAACGUCGCGGAAUCCCGGCAUGGUUCGUGGUAGUCAUAGUUCUGAAUCUAUUUUGCGUGAUUCUACGCCUCCGCCGAAGCCGCCAUUGCCGGGUGCAGGUACACCUCCGCCGCCAUUACCGCCGAAGACACGGCAGCGGAUUGGGCAACACGCGCGCCAUCUUGAGUUUGAUACUUUUAACUCUAGUUUAGAGCGGGUUUCGUUGCAUUCGCGGUCUCCGGAGGAUUCUAGUUCGUUGUUGUCUGCCAGUGGAGGCAGUAUGGACUCGGUGCUCAAUCAAAGCCGGGAAGAGGAGGAAAUAUCAGCUUUAAUGGACCAAAACGUAGAUGAUAGUGAUACGGCUUUAGAGAAUGAUUUACACGAUAUUGAAGAUGGUAAUUGCUAUGGAUCAAACGGUAACUGCAACUGGGAUGACACAAGCGAUAAUUGUUACAUCACACUAACAAACCAGCGGAAUGAUCAUCACGUCAAUCAUUUCCAGUAUAAUCGCUUGUCAAAUACAGAUUCGGGUAUUGUUUCCAUAGAUUCACAAUCCCAGCGGAAUUCUAGUUGUUCCAAGCGUAGUUCUCAACAGAGCACGCAUUGGUCACACAGCACCACGACGAAAUCCUCAUCAAUAACUUCCUCAUCGCUAGAAAUGACAAAAUCCGAGAGUGUAGUUCAAAAUUUAAGUCAGGUAGUUGAAACUACAUCAUCUACAACAAGCAGUAGUAUUUCUACAAUGAGUAAGAACAGUCUCAUGUUGCAAUUGGAUGAAGUUGAUGGUGGAUUGCUACCUUAUGAUGAAAACACCCCGCCAGCGAUACCCAUGAAGACACGCCGGAAUAAAGAGAGGUUACCUUCACCCUAUGAUAACGUACCAGAAGUUUCAGACGGUGAAAAGAUUGUAACAUGUCUAAUGCAUCAGUCCCAGCAAUCCCUAUCGACAAGCGCGAGUAUUUCCAGCAGUAUCUGCGUGGACAACGGCAAACCGCCGCCGUUACCACCCAAAAAGAAACAUAUGUUCCAAUCGGUGGCUUACUCCGUCAUGGCUUACAUGGAGAUGUUCGGUAAUUGUUCGCACAACAACGAUCAAGAGUUCAUGCGGCAUUCUAUGCAUGUAGCGUGGCCGCCGUCACCAACGCCACCUGGUUUACCCACGACGCAAUCGUGCUCGUUUGCGCAUACGACCAGUCGCACUGCGCACUCGCAGAUGCAUUCGCUUAUCGUUGCGCAUCCAUCAGGAGAUUCUAGUCCGAUAUCUUCACCAAUGAAAUCUCCUAACCUCCCACCAACACCGCAAAGUGCUGGUAUAACUGGUUUGCCACCAGCGCUACCGCCGAGGAAAUCACGCAAUAGUUACAAAUCGCCGCCAUCGACACCACAAAGCACUAUAAGUAGUGUACCGGAAAUAAAAACACCAGUUGAGCCAUUGCCGGAUCUUCUGGAGAACACACCAAAGUCGGAAGAUGAACAAAAAGAUGAGGAAACAGAGUUGGACUUGAUGGAAGAGACGGAUAUAGCUAAAUAUCUCAUCAGGAAGAAACCGGAAGAUGAUGGUUAUGAUAUACGUGGCGGGACGAUAGAUGCGUUGAUUAUCGAAGCUACCAAAGGCAGUAAAUCAGAAGAUAAGGAAACAGGUUAUUCAUAUCAAGAAGCAUUUUUAACUACUUAUCGCACAUUUGUCACGCCGUUCGACUUGAUUGGUAAGCUGAUACGACGCUACAAUUACUUCUAUUGUCAGCCGGAUAAAAAACCGCGAUCGCGUGAAUCCUUCGCGCUGUUAGUACGCGUCGUCAACGACUUAACUGCGAAUGAUUUAGACUCCACUUUGCAACAAAAACUGAUGGAUUUCGUGCAGUUGUUGAUCACAGGCGGGGAAUUAACCCUAGCGAAAGCAUUGCGUGUGAAACUCAUCGAGAAACACUUGGCCAAAGAACUGUCACAACGUAAAGAUCAUCAUAAUACACUGCAUACGGUCGGUUUGCUUGGUCCGGGGUCUUGUACCAUAUUAGAUUUUAAGUCGGAGCAAAUAGCGGAACAAAUGACGUUGUUAGAUGCUGAGUUGUUUCAAAAAAUCGAAAUCCCUGAGGUUUUGAUUUGGGCACAAGAGCAGAAUGAGGAACGCAGUAAGAAUUUGACGCGUUUCACGGAGCAUUUCAAUAAGAUGUCUUAUUGGGCACGCACGCGCAUUCUGGAGUGCGAUGGUAAAGACCGCGAGAAGUACUUUAUGAAAUUCAUUAAGAUCAUGAAGCAUCUGCGGAAGAUUAAUAACUUUAAUUCAUAUCUGGCAUUGUUGAGUGCGUUGGAUUCUGCGCCUGUGAGGCGAUUAGAAUGGCAGAAACACGUGCAGGAGGGUUUGAAAGAAUAUUGUGCGUUGAUUGACAGCUCGUCGAGUUUCCGGGCGUAUCGACAAGCGUUAGCGAAUGCAUCACCGCCAUGUAUACCGUACAUUGGGUUAGUCCUGCAGGAUUUGACUUUUGUGCAUAUUGGAAACAGUAAUCUGCUGCCGAAUAACUAUAUUAACUUUUCAAAGCGAUGCCAACAGCAUAAUAUCGUAGAAAAUAUGAAAGAUUUCAAAAAAUGUUUAUCAAACAGUAGUACAACGUACACAUUCAAGAAAAACGAUCGAAUCAUCGCGUUCUUCGGUGAUUUCGAGCAGUACAUCAGCGAGGACGCGAUGUGGCAGAUGUCGGAGAACAUCAAGCCACGCGGCGGUAAAAAGACGGCGACUUAGUUGCAUCCGCACGCCUAAAACGCUUCAGAUUUAUCGUUUAUUUCCAUCCGUUGCUUUUAUUUGCGUAAAUUAGGUGCAAUAUUACCCCCCAAACAAAAAAAAAAACACAAACACGUGAAACAUAACCUACAACAUUAUGAAAUGUCAGAAAUAAUCACGUAACCUAACUUUUCAUUUACAAACAAACUAACAAACAUUACAAAGAGAGUGAUUUAAAGAUUGAUGAAUGUUUCGAACCAAAUGCAACGACUUAAAAUAUCAAAAACAAAACAAACAAAUUGGCAAAGCAAACGAAACUAAAUGUAAAUGAAUUUACACGUGCGAUAUUUUUGGGCAUGAGCGUACAUUUUCUAUUACACGAUUUUAUUUUUUGCUAAAAUCUAAAUGGAAACUAUUUAAAACGACGACUGAUUACUUCUAUUUGUACAUAUUAUAACCAAAAAAAGAGACAACACAUACAAAACAUAAACAAAACAUAAAAACAAAAGAGUGUAUUCAUCACACACACUCUUCUGUUUUACUUGUCAUUGAAACAUAAUUUAAUCUGUAAUCAUUAGUUUGAUUCCGCAUACGAUACAUAUUUAUGUGUGUGCGCGUGCGUGUGUGUGUGUGAUAAGCGAUGUCGCGUGUUAGUCAAAGUAAUAAACUAAUUCUAGAUGAAUAAGGGAAACCAGAAACAUUGUGCGAAUUGUGCAACAUUUGGUUUGGUGUGUGUCAUUUUUAUCAAAGCUUAUUAGCGCGGCGGGGCGCGGCGGCCAUUUUGUGUAUUUCCGUGCGCAUUUUUAUUUAUACUGGUUUUAUCGUCGAUUGUGUUUCGGAUUAAUGCGGAUUCUAUACAAGUUGUUCGCACUGUGAUAAUAUUUUUUAUACUAAACUAUAUAUAUUUUGUAAAUUCUGUUCAUCCGAACGCUUCUUACGUCAUUUUGUUUCCACGCCAUGGUUUUUACGUCGCACAUGAAACAAAAUAUGAUUAGAAGGCCUAAUUAAAGAUUAAGUAAGCUAUGUACACGUAGGACAAUGAUUAUAAGAUGAUGAAAAAAAGUAUUCUAGGCAAUUAGUCAAACUAUAUAUAUUACUAAGUGAAUUUUGUUUUUAAUUGUGAAUACGAUGAAUACUCAAUGAGAUGUAAAUGUUUCACUUUGUUCGAUUUAUCGAUGAUUUUUUAAAUGUUGCACACAAUAUUUUCUUGUGUGUGUGUGUGUUGUGCGUGUGAAAGUUAUAUUAUCGAUUGUUUGGGUUCAAUUUAUGCGCGCGAAUUUGUAACUUUACAUCGCACCACGCACCGGUUGAGAGUGUGAUUAGUUCAUUUGUCGCUUAAAACCUCAACCAAUAAAAAAAUCUAAUUGAAAUAUGA